AUGGCUGAGACCCCAGAGAUGACUGCGGCGCUAGCAGUUUCUGGUCCUGCUCCUGGGACACCUGUGCCAGAUGACCCAAUGGGUGGGGUGGCCCAAACUUUGCUGGAAGACUGUAUUUGUCAGACGCGGGAUUCUGGAGGCCCCGCCAAAUACUUGCAGUACAAUGUUGUCCAGGAGGAGUUUCUUGCAUGGCUGCGCAAGUCAUUCCCAGAGCUCGAGGACACCUUCUACACCAACACGUUGCCACUCCAGGCAGUGACAUUUCAAGAGAUGGGGCAAUGUCUACCUUUGGUUGUCCAUGUCUCAACUUUGGGCUAUGCUCCUGAGUGCUCGCUGAAGCCACCCCCAGGCAUUGAUCUGGUUUCCAAGCUCAUCGAGUUGAUUCUAGUCAGUGGUUUUCAAACUUCUUCCGAGCCACUGUUGGUUUUGGAGCCAGACAGCAUUUCCACUGACGACCUACCAGCAUUUAGCUUGAGGUUUUUGAAAGGCGUGACACGGUGCACAGCUUUGCUGAUGGCGCUUCAUCGCUGCAUGAAGCUCAACCUUGACCCUCAGACAGAUCUCCCAGAAUUGUGGCGUUCACUCUUGCAGGUUCAUGUGCACCACAUCAAGCUGAAGAGCAAAGUGGACGAGGCACUUCAGAACAUGAAAAUUUCACGCCAAAGCAGUGUCAGGAAGGCCACCAACACGAUUCAAAUGGUCUUCAUGGUCAAGAAGCUGGUGGGCUUUGGCUUGACUGAUCAUGGCUCAUUCACCAAACGCUGGAACAGCAUGACAUCACGGCAGUUUCAAAUUGUUGGGAAGCGGGCUGUAUCCAUGAAGCUUCUUUUUGAAGAGACUCCGCAGGCUGUCCUGGACAGUAUCCUGGAACACGUCAAUGACCUUCAGUGGGAGCAUUGUGUUUGGUCAGAUGAUAACCUCAGCACCAAGAAGCUGUAUCCCAAAUGGCAGCGCACAAGCAAAUCCAAGGCAUGGCUUCCAAGAGUGAAGACAACAAGGGAGUCCAUGGAUAUUGCAGCGCGAUAUUUGCAGGGUCAACACAUGAAGCGUGUUUCUUCUGGCAGUGCUGGUGUGAAGAAACCCGAUUUGCAGUAUGUGGAAGAAGUGUCCCUCAAAGCUGCUGCAUUGUGGAACAUUGGACAAGAACUUUUGAAGUUGGUCCCUGUGAAGCAUGAGAAGUUUUGCGAAGUGUGGAUUGAGGCUUGGAUCUCUGGUUCCUCUGAGGUGGAUGUUGAGCUGGAUGCUGUCCUCGUGGACCGUUCAGAGUCGUUUGACCCUCGCAAGGACAUAGGCAUCUUCAAGAAGUUGGUGGACGAACAGGUGUUUUCGAGGCCAGUGGCUGCAGCGCCUCACGAGGAGAACUCACUGACUGUUGAUAAAUUCAACCUGCUGAUCAAGCAGAUUGAGUAUGAUGUCCAGGUGUAUGAGACAUGGACCAAGAAAUGCAGCUCAGUGUAUGCUGCGCGGGAUCAUGCAAUGCAGCAGUGGAAGUUGGAACGCCACAGGCGAUGCACAUCUGGCGCACAGCUGUUCCUGGACUCAUGCGCUCGACUCAGUGUUUGGGAGAAGUCCAAGCCCGAGACUGCCGAGUGCAUGAACAUGAAGCGUGACCACAUCUUGCCAAAGCUUGGGUCCAACAGCAGCAGCGAGAUCCCCCAAGUCAUUUGGAUGAACGCCGCCGCACCAUCGUUGAUUCCUGCUGAUCACCAACUUCAAGCUUCCAAGGUCAUGACAUGGGCGCUGAGUGACCAGAUGCAAUCAAUUGGGCUUUGCUUGAUGCCUUCCUGGACCUAUACCAAAGGCCGACUUCACUUGGAAGAGAAAGCCAUCCUGGAGCGUUUGGCCCAUGGGAACCACAACCUGGACUGGACUUUUUCUGUGGUUUUUGGGUCCAAGUGCGACCAAAGGGACAUGAGGCCAAUGGUCUAUGCAGGCAGGUUCUGCUUCGCAUCGCCGCUUGAACUCACUCAGAAUGUCUUCUGGUCAAGCGAGCUUCGCAAGAAGCAAAGGACCGAUGAAGUCCAGCAACUCCACUCUCGUGACAUGCGUGAGAUUGAGAACCUGGAUGAAGAAGCUCUGCCUACAAGCACAGACUCAAGAGAAAACAUCCGAGGUGCAGCCAAGUUUGCGCAGAUUGGGGCAUCUGCUUGUGAGGCUGUCUUGAACGGUGUCUUGACAGGCGCUCAGUAUGAAACCAUCGGAACUGGUUUGCUGCUGAUUGACCUGCAUGUGUUGACAGGUGACAUGUUGGAAGCCUUCAUUGCAGUUCGGAAGAACUACCCUCACACCUUUUGCAUCGGGUUUUGCGAGGACCAGAACCAGGUCUCAUUCAUUGAGCACAUCAUGAAAGAGCGCUUGGUUGAGGCUUUCAUCAACGGUGCACCUAUGCCCAACGGUGAGAAGGUCGAAACUAAGAUGACAGAGGACCUCAUUGACCCUUUGCCUGAGGUUGUCAAUGACCAGAAACUGUUCACGCCAGCUUUCCUGGUGCGUGAAUGGACUGGCCAUGAGUUGUGCGGUAAGCAAUUUGAAAGCUUCUUGUCAGAGUUCACGCAAAGGUAUGGUGUCAUUGAUCCAGGGCAAAAAAUUGAGAAUGAGGCUGCAGAGGAGGCCGGGAAAGAUGGAAAAAGGAAAGGUGGUGAAGAGGAGCCUGGCCCGAGUCCAAAGAAGCUGAAGUUCACCAUCGAUUCCAACCUGGUUGUGGCCAAUGACAGCAUUGCUUCGGUUCUCUUGCACGAGUGCAGGGUCGGUGGAAAAGAUGCUCCAACCAUUCAGCUCCGCACACCAAAUGAAAUGUUUUUGGUGAACAAGGGCGAGAAAGACUGGUCGGGCUCUGAUGUCUUCGCGGCCGGAUUCGGAAAAGGCAGCUUCAAGUUGAUCAAAGACCAAGACAUGCCUGCAGGGGCAGUGGAGUUCAAGAUGGAGACCACAGACACAUUGGUGCAUUACAAUGGCUCUUUGACCACGCUUGACAAGGUGAUCGCUGAAGCCAGGCAGAAAAAGCCUGACACGAAGGUGUGCUACCACAAGAUGGACGGUGCUUCUUUGAGCCAAACCCACCGAGUGGUGUUUGCGCCGCGGGCAGAGGAGCGUUCUGGCGAGGUUACUUUGAACAAUUUUGCAGUCCGCCAAAAUGUUUCUACACGGAUGGCAUCCCCUUGCUUGGCAGUGGUCUGGUAUGUCAAGAACAUGGCCAAAGGCAUUUGUCCAGUCAAGCCCGCAGUUCACUUGAAGGGGUCAGUCACUUUGCCAUGUGGCAAGGCUUUGAAGUGUCACACCUAG